CAAGCUUCUCGGCCAUCAACUCACUCACAUGAUGCCUUCCACCUUCCAAUUAUCGUUUUGCAGCUCAAGCCAACCUAUUUGCAAUCAUAAGUUAUUCCAGUACUACCCCCAAGUGAGAUCUCAAAGCUUCAAGGACAGAGCAAACAUUGUGGACGGCAACCUGAAUAUUCUCAGAGACAGAAUAGAAGAACUGAAGAGAAAGGAGACGAGAUCACUCACAUGCAGUACUAGUACUACUGCUACUCAGCAGCUCUUGAAAAGAGAGUGGUGCUAUGGGGCUGGUUAUGAUCAUAGAUAUAAGCGGGAUGCCAUGUUCUCACAGUCUAUAGAGCUUAUGGCUUUAGCCUCUGGUGCUUGUGGCCUUGUGUUUCUCACCGGUUCUUUUUCCAUCUGCCUUGUUUCUCUUCUUCUUCAUUUAUUUCAGCACUAG